AUGGCAAAUACACCUACGCGGCCUGAUUCGGAAUCGCCUCCCCCUCCCGGACCUAAACCCAUACAACGCCUCCAUGAGACGCUCAUCAACCGUAUAGCAGCGGGCGAGAUUAUACAACGGCCAGCAUCGGCGCUCAAGGAGCUGCUGGAGAAUUCGCUCGACGCAGGGUCGACUUCCAUUAAGAUCACAGUGAAAGAUGGGGGAAUGAAGCUCCUACAGAUACAAGAUAAUGGACAUGGAAUUCGCAAAACAGACCUGCCCAUCCUUGCCGAACGAUUCACGACCUCGAAGUUGCAGACCUUUUCGGACUUGUCCGGGUUGACGACUUACGGGUUUCGAGGCGAGGCGCUCGCCUCCGUAUCACAUGUAGCGCAUCUCUCGGUGGUCACCAAGACGAAGGAAGACAGCUGUGCGUGGAAGGCUUAUUAUUCCGAUGGUGUCCUAGUACCUCCCAAGCCCAACUUGACACCUGACCCAAAGCCAUGUGCGGGAACAGACGGAACAGUCAUAACUGUCGAGAAUUUGUUCUACAAUACUCCUACCCGUCUCGCCGCGCUUCGUAGCUCUUCAGAAGAAUACGGCCGCAUAUUGGACGUAGUGACCCGUUACGCCGUGCACAAUCCGCAUGUUGCAUUUACCUGCAAGAAGGUGGGAACAUCUAGUCCGGACGUAUCAACACCCUCUGGGUCAACAACCAUGGGGACCAUCCGCUUGCUUUACGGACACACAGUCGCUCGCGAGCUUCUGCAUGUACCGGUAGCUGCUCCUCCAAAGAUGCCCAACGCCAAGAAGCGCAAGCGUCUGGCCGAUGAGACAGGUGCUGUCGCGUCAAGCAAAGACAAGGGCAAACAGCGCCAGACCGAACCGGAAGAUAUGGUUAUGGACGAGCUGGAAGGCGGCACCGAGGAGCAGAGUCGAGCGGCGGAAGAGAAGGGACUGGGUGUCGAGCCUGCAACAUGGACGGCUGAGGCGUACAUCUCGAGCACGAAUUACCACGCGAAGAAGACUACGUUUUUAUUGUUCAUCAACCAUCGGCUCGUCGAUUCUUCGCGCAUACGGCGAGCCCUGGAAGGUAUUUACAAUGGUAUACUGCCGAAGGGCACAUGCCCGUGGAUCUACCUCAGUCUGCAACUCGAUCCCCGCACAGUAGACGUGAACGUGCAUCCAACCAAACGUGAGGUGCACUUCCUCGACGAAGAGGCGAUCACGUCGCGCGUGGCGGACGCGUGCAGCGAGAUGCUCGUCAAGAAGAACGAGAGCCGGACAUUUACAUACCAAACAACGCUCAGUCUAGCACCCUCGGCAGCAGUAGGACGGAAGGAGAAUAGCAAAACGCAAGAGGAGCAGGAGGACGGGGUGGACGAGGAGGAUGAUGAAGUCGACGAGCUAGAUGCAAGUCAACACCCGCAACCAUCCAGUGAGCCGCCACCCAAUCUCAUGUCCACCGGAUGGUUGGUAAUCAGUCUGAUCACCAUAGCUUCGACGGCCGCAAAGAAAAAGGUGGCUUCGCAACACAAAAUCCGCACAUCGAUGCAAGACCGAACUCUCGACUCCAUGUUCUCCGUAGCUGGCCCAAGUCAGCCUCCGUCAACACACCUUACCAAGACGCGGAGCCAAUACCAUAGAGGGGAUGAAGGUGAUGAUGCCAUCGAUGUAGACGCGGACCAGCCUCCUUCUACUGCACCAACACCCACCGCGACCGUUCAUAGACGGCACGAGAUUAAGGAAACGGAGUGCUGGCUCUCAUCAAUCGCGGCGCUACGUCAAGCUGUUCAGAAGGAUCGGCACAAUCUGCUCACGGAGAUCCUUUGCGCGCCUGUCUUCGUCGGCAUCGUCGACCUCGACAAGUGCCUUUCGCUCAUCCAGCACGCGAAGUGCUUGUACCUCGUGAACCAUGCUGCGCUCGCCGAAGAGCUUUUCUAUCAGCUGGGCUUACGCCAGUUCGGCGGAUACGGGCGCAUGCGACUCGAGCCCGCGCCCGAUCUACGCGCGUUGAUCCAGAUUGGGAUCGAGGUUGAAGAUACGAGCAAGAGCAAGUUGAGCAAACCAGAGCUUGUGGAGCGUAUUGCGGAUUCGAUCAUCGCGAGGCGUGAAAUGCUCGGGGAGUACUUCGCCUUCAACAUCAGUGCAGAUGGCCACGUCGAAACUUUGCCCUUGUUGUUGCGAGGAUACACGCCCAACUUGGAUAGGUUGCCGAUGUUCCUCAUGCGACUUGGGCCUCAGGUGGACUGGUCCGACGAGAUGAUGUGCUUUGAUACAUUCCUACGGGAGCUAGCCUAUUUCUACACUUCCGAACCCUUGGGACCGACCGCCGGCCCUGGGACCGCCGAGAAUGAAUCACCCGAAAUGCAGGCCGCACGCUGGCAGAUAGAGCACGUUCUGUUCCCCGCCAUGCGUUACAUGGUAGCACCCAAGAAGCUGCUUGAGCGGGACGUCCUUCAAGUCGCGAGCCUUCCCGAGCUGUAUCACGUUUUCGAGCGUUGCUAG